AUCGCCAUCUUGCUUGGGAGAUACAUGUUUAGCGGACGCACGACGGAGUAGCAAUAAAGCAUUUCGUGUUGUUGACUGUGUUUUGCGAUCUGUUUAUGAAAGAGACAAAACAAUUAGAAUAUUGUAAUUAGUGAUCUCAAAUGCUGUUUGAUACCGUACGUCCAUUGAUUCUUUGCGCGAAGCCCAGCAUAGUCUAUUUGUAAGUGUUUUUGCGGCUUUGGGGUUCGCAGAGCCGACGCUUUCUAAAUCGACCCUGAUAAGUGCUGGUGCUCCGUUACCGUUUAACGGGACAAAAAUGCACAACGCCGCAAUAGCAACCCCAAAACGCAAGUUUUGCUUAAAAAAAUAAAACUUCAUGGUCGCACUACAAGUUCCAUCUUCCAACGGGCGAGGUGAACGUUUUUCCGGUGUAGUUUUAACUAUCGUGGUUUGAACGCCGCAUUGGUAGUUUUAUAAUAUUUAGUAUUUUUUUAAUGACGCGUGCUUAUGAAAUAAUAUGAUGCUGAUGUAACAGUGAAACUGUGGAAUUGUUUAUUUUUUCAACAUGAAAACUAUACUUUAUAUAUACCCAGUAGACGAUAAGUAUACCCAAAGUAUCUUUAAAAGAAACUGUUAGUGGAGAAAUAGAUGCUGUUUCCAGACCGCUGAAAUGGCUUCGUGCUCAACACAAAAUGAGGUGCCCACACAGAACUCGUAUAAACACUACAGCCCUCGAACCGCGACGACACCGAAGUGGAGAAAUGCCCAUUUCUACCUGAGCUCUAGGUCGAUUGGCUUGUUUUCCCGUGAUGCUGGAACAUUGUACCGAAAAAAUAUGAGAAUGCUUCGUCACAUUUUGCUACAGGAUACCACUAAUUUCACAAAUGUUUGGAGAAAGCAUUCAAAAGGCCCAAUUGAUUAUGAGCAUGGAAAAAUAUACUUUGAAAAUUACCGAAGUUGCUAUAGCAGUAUUCCUCCAAAGCCACAGUGCCUGUACGAGCUGCCUAAUUGCUCCAAGUCGCAGAAGAUCGAAGAUGCGUUGAUUUGUCAGUGCCCGCUCGAUAGAACACUGCCAAGUCCUUCAGACCGUAACCCAUGCCUUCUGGCUCUUAACGCAAGUAACUGGUUGUAUUGCUAUUCAGCAAUGACAGGAGAACAACUGGAAAAGGUCUAUUUGUCUCCACGCUAUAAAUUUAGAUACCUGUGCUGGGAUGUUCCCCAGGAAACUCUCUGCAUUAAGUCUGUUCAAAAUAAACAGACAUCCAUAGCUAGGCAGACAGGGCCUGGACAGGAUACUUUGAUGUGCCUGGCGGUCUUCAGAGUUCUGCCCCUGGAACUGCUGGGCAUGUUGGAGAUCAGCAGAAGAGUGUUUGGGAACAAUGUUGUCGAUGUUAUGCUUUCUCAAGGGAUUCUGGCCAUUUCUCACAGCACUGGCAUGGUGAAGCUAUAUAGCUUUGAAAAUAUUGUAGAGAAGUUUAUGAUUAAGAAACUGACGCUUGGCGAGAAAUGUGAAUGGAAUGGAAUUCAGGGCUCUGUUGGAGAAUCUCCAUUGGGCAUCCCCUUCAACAUCCAGAUCACAGAUAGCCCCACUUUGAUGUUUGAGGUGUCAUGUUUGGAAAGUGGAUUUCAGAUAGGAGGUCACCCCUGGCACUACAUUUACACUCCAAGGAGCAAGAAACACAAAGGCACCUAUCACAUUUGUUCAUUGAAGGAUGGCCAGUUGGCAAAGAAUGGAAUUCAAGAUAUGAAUUGUUGUUCACUGGAAUCUGAUUGGAUCUAUUUUCAUCCUGGAGAUUCUGGAAGAAUCAUCCAUGUUGGGCCAAGUAAAGUUAAUGUACUUAAAAUAGCGGAAACACAAGAAAAUCUUCUUCAGUUUGAGGUCAUACAGGAAUAUUCUAUUGAGGCUCAUCGAGAAAAUAAGGCAGAUUCUCUGGUCACUGUCACAGCUUCUGGUCGAACAGUGAGGAGGAGAUUGCACCAGCUGGAUGACGACCCAGAACAAGAGACUUUCCAGUGUGUAGAAUACGAAGAUGAACUUGACCUGUUGGCAGUUGUAUCUGUGACCCAAACAGAGUCUGAAGGAAAGGCCCACGUUGGUAUCUACGACAACUGGAGUGGCGUUUUGAUGAAAAGUGUUCCACUAGUAGAGUCCUGGGAUGUGACCUACGGUCACCAAUUUUUCUUUGACUGCGACACAAUAAUCCACAUUGAACAGGAGAAGAACCACAAAUUUUGCUGUCAUGUCUACAAAAUGACCCGCUGCCAAGAGGAUAAUGAAUAACAAUGGAAGAGGGGACACUAAACUACUUAUUGGUGCUCAGUUUCUGAUUGAUCUUUGGCAAAAUACACUUUGCGGUUGAAGUACUGUACCAUUACCAAAUGCAGUGUAUUUUCAUAGGUGCAAUGUUUUCUGCGUUUUGUCAGAAAUUGUAUUAUCAUCUGGUGGCUUUCAUCCACCCACCUUAAAAUUUUGCAUUAGCAUCAAACUGUUAUUUUGUCUGUUUUUGUAAAGUGUGUUCAAAAUCCUGUCCUGAAGAGUUAAUAGAGGCAACAUUUCCAUGCAGCUGAGAUAAUAUAUUUGAUAGUUUUAAAAUCUUGGAUGUUUUUAAAUAAAGCAAAAGACUUCUUCU